UGAAGAUGUCACGUGAUCAAGGGGGUGAACCGGCAAGCAGAUCACAUGACCUGUCUACGGCGUGCGAUCCGCCGAUCACGUGAUACCCAGCUCCAGCCGCCCGUGAGACCCGGUAACGGGAGCGCGCACUGUCAGAGUCUCCUGGGCGGGAGCGCGCACCGGCAGCCGAGACGGGCGUGGCGGGAGGAAUGGAGCACCCGUUUGGGGAAGAGGAGACGUCUUCUCUUAGGAGCCUGCGGGAUUUCUUCUGCCGGUGCCUAGAGAGGGGUCACUGGGAGCUGGCCCGGGCCUGCCUGCCCCAGCUGCACCGGAGUGUCGAUUCCGGGGAGAUAGAGGCCAUAGUGAGGGGUCUGAUCACAGCCCCGCACCUGCUCAGGUGUGAUGAGCAGCACACUCCUCAGCAGGUGUCAUGGUUCUGGUCGGAUGCACUGGAUGCUUGGUGUGGGUGGGAUGAUAAGCAACCACCGAAAAUUCUCAAAGAUGAAACAGAGUUUCUUUUAUUAUUGGAAGAGCUCCAGAAUGAGGCUUCUGAACAGGUUCUGAAGGAGCUGCACAAAGCAUUUUUGCUCAGUCACCACGAAUCAAUGGAAAACAGAAAGGAAAUCUCCAUUCCCCACCUCAGUCCCAGCACCGUGUCUUCUUUACAUGGCGUUCUGUCCCAGAAUCCUCGACUUGUGCAAGCAGUGAUAGGUUUCCUACUGAUGAAUGAUGCUCACGCCACAACCCUUGACUAUAACCACCACCUUCUUGGCAUCACUGUGAACUUCCUCUUAGACUUGAUUACCUCACUGCCGGAGAACCAGCAGACUGAGGCCCCAAAUGGCCAUUUAGUUUCACAGAGAGCGGAUCACGUGUACCGCAUCCUAAGCACCAUGUACUUUAACGUGGAACUUCAGUCUGCUGAGCUCAGACGUCUAUGUGAAGAGCUCUUUAAAGCAUGUUGGGAAAAGGGAAGCCUUUUAGAAGAUCAAGUUCAGGCCUGCAUGCUGAGGAAACACAACUACGGUCUGCUUAGCUUGUACGGCAGCGUGACAAGUGAAAAGAUAAAGGCUCGUAUUAUUGCACAGAGGACCCCAAGAAAAGGAACCGCUCAGGAACUGACCGAUACAGAGAGAGCUAUUGUUGCCUUAUUCUGCGACCCCGAGAUGUCCAGACCAUGGAAGGAGGUCUACUUCUACUGCCUCUCCACAAGCAAACACUUUCUGGAGCAGAUUCUGGUUACAGCCUUGACCCUGCUGAAACGAGAAGAUUUCUCCAGUCUUAGUUUGCUGCUGUCAAAUGCGUUUAAACCCUUGAGACGUCUCCUUGUUCUGCUGGGAUGGACCCACCUCCAGAGUAUAGAAUCUGCCAAAUCACUUCUGCAUAUUUUGCACAAAAAUCAAGAUCUAUGCAAUGAUUCAGUAUUAAAACAAUUCUGUGAUGGACUUUUGUUUCAAGUAGGAGUCUUAGAAUGGUGCAUAGAACACAGCAGUCAAGAUAUUCCUAAGAAAGACCUCUUGCGUCACCUAAGUAGCCUGGACAGUCAUUCUGCUCUAUAUAUUCUGCAUCAUCUCACUAAUCUGCCAGAGCUUAAUGAGGCUGAGGUACUAAAACUGCUUAAGAGGGGACACUCUGAUCAAGUUUCGGUAAGUCAUCAAGAUAUCCAUGACCAGGCACAGCAUCGCAACACUGUUGUCUUUCAGGCCUUCUGUGCAAUUAAAUAUGCCAUCUAUGCACUGUGUGCCAAUGCUCACAAGCACGUUCGGUGCAAGCACUGCCAUACCAGCCAGAUGAACGGCUCCAUGGAGGAUGCAGAGUCUACCAAGUCCUCGGUGAAGGAGAAUGGUCUCUCUCAAGACUAUUCAAAUCUGUUUGUGCAGUAUAUUACCAAGUGCCAGUAUUAUCUGUGUCUUCUGCCUUCCCCGCUGAGGUUGGAGCUUCUGGAGAACAUCUUCUCCUUAUUGUUUGUAUCACUGUCUGAGCUGAACUCUGCACCCCCACUGCCAGAGGGCUAUCCCAUGGAAGAUGGCGAUGAAGACUUGCACUUGAAAGUCGGUAGACAGAGGAGCUUAGACAGCAGCAUUGACAAGGUGGACUCUCUAUUACUAUCUCCCAUUGAAAGUCCUCAACCUAACAAUAGCAAUCUUAACAUUGCUGAUUUGACUGGUGUCUCUCAAGGAUCAACCCCAACUGGUUCAGAAACCUCUCACAGCACUUUAUGGGAAAUGAGAUCAGACUAUUUAGACCUAAAACACUUCACCAGUGGAGUGUCUGGAUUCUUGGUUGAUGAGGUCGUAUUAGACACUUUCUUAAAAUUGUUAAAAGAGCAAGUAGAACUCAUUACGGACUCUGUUCAAUCGAGUGGACAUGCUCUCAGUGACGAGCAGAAGCUGUUGACCAAUCUUAACCUCUCCAUGGCAAAUGAAGAGUUCAGCAACAGACUGAUCCUGUUGUCGAAGUAUAUUUCUGAAGCCCAGUGGAGAUACAAGGUGGUGAUGAGCAACAGGAUAGCAGAGGAAGAACUUCUUUCUGCACGGUUACAUUCACGGAUGUUUAAAACACCCAGUGUCAAAAGACGCAGAAGAAAUAAAGGAGCAGGAUCAAAGAAACUAAAGGAAAGCACUAGCAGUGAGCUGAGUACAUCAGGAAGCAGUGCAAGUAAUCUGUCUGCCAGAAGUGAAGCGGAAGGCAGGAGUCCGCUGCCGCAGAGAAACACCCUGAUUCCCAUGUUACUCUCAGCUCCUGAACAUCUUCUCAUUUCAUGUAUAUUGAGAGGGAACUAUGCGCAGGCUCAUGAGGUGUCCAGGAUGUUUAACCUUCAGUCUUCCCCAAGCUACGGGGAAUUGAUCUUUAUGGAGCGAUAUCAAGAAAUCAUACGAGAACUCUCAAAAGUGGAAAAAAAAAUUGAAAAUCAGAAUUCGGAGGCUGGCAUCAGACAGCUGAGCGGUAGUCGCUCUACAUUGCAAGCAAUAGGGAAUGCGGCAGCAGCAGGAAUGGUGUUCUAUUCUAUAUCUGAUGUGACAGACAGGCUGGUAGCUCCUGCUGAAUGCCCGAUACCUGCAUUACAAGAGGAUUUUUGGUUGAAAAGUGCUCGCUUGGAAAAGACUGACCCAUGGCGACACAUGGUAGAGGAGAUGAGUCCGUCGGCUAUGGCGGCCUUUGAUUUGGCAUGCACGCAAGCACGCCUCUGGAAAACAUGCAAGCAACUGCUAGAGACUGCAGAGAGGCGCCUGCACAACUGCUUGGAAGCAAAAAACCGGAUUGCCGAUGAAAUUAUGGGUCAUCAUGAAGGAAUUACAGGUUUCCAAGCUGUUCUUCAACAAAUGAGCAAAAUCAUUAACUAUCCAAGCCCACCACAAGGAUCAACUACAUUAGAAGAAAAGAUUAACAGCCAGUUCAAGUGCAGCAUCACAGAUUUAUUGCACACCUGUUAUCCACUGCUGAGAGAUGAAUAUAUGGUUUGCCAGAUCACACUGAGCCACGAGCUGGAGCAGAUUGUCACCCAACUGAAAUCCGCAAUUGCUUCAUACGAACCCAAAGGAAAUCUUAUUCAGUCAUUAAUGGACCAAUCGUCUAUGAAACCUCAGGAUAUGCAAAUGAAUCCUGUUCGUAAGCAGAUGAAUCUUCUCCUGCGUAACAUGGAAGAGUGCGCACAAUCUUUAGACAAUCACAGCUUUACCCUUAACCUCGUUCGCCACUUUUUUACAUACAUAGACACCUUGGCCAAAGCUAUUGUCCAAAGUAUAAAUUCAGAGUCGGAUACCUCAUUAGAAGUGAGGGUAGGAAAUCCUUUUGUCCUUCUGCAACAAAAGCCUUCACAGUUGAUUUCUCAUUUGUUGUUUGAGCGGCAAGUUUCUCCAGAAAGGUUGUCUUCAUUGUUGAAGAAAGAGAAUUUGGGCUUGGAUGUAGAGCAGGUGAUUGUAGAUUACUGCUGUGAGCCUCUGUCUAUUUGUCAUGCAAGGAAAGUGAGCCAAGCACAAUCUCUGUCUCUCAGCAUUCAACAUUCAGUACAGCAGUGUGUGGAGGUCACAUUACCCAACAUUCCUAUACCAGUCUCCAUGUGUGUCCAGGAUGGAGAGGACAGUGAUAUAUGCAAAGCAUUUUCUCCUGACUUUACCCCGUACACUCUCACUGCAUCUGCCUUGAACUUUUUAAAAACCAAAUCCUCUCUGGCAGCAGCCAUAGCCUGCUUAGGUGCUACUAAAAGCCUAAAGCCAACAAAAUCAGGUCUAUCCUGGAUGGAGCUACGAGGCAACAAGAAAGAGAGUCCCUUAGAAAUGGAGGCCAUUGCUAAGGAAUGUGACUCCUUGCUUUCAGAGUUUCCAGUCUUGCAGAGGUUCAUUAACUUAAUGUCUGAACCUUUUCGGGAUGGUCCACAGGAAGCCAAUGGGUUCAGCAGUCCUGUCUGUGGGAAGCCGUGUGCCGCCUUGGUUCUUCUAGGGCUCCACUCCACUUCAGCUACAGGUGUAGUAACCGAAGCUCUCCAAGAAGCGCUUUCAAAGAAGGACUGGAUAAAUGCGUUCAAGGUGUUAAGUCUGUAUGACCGUGACCUGAAGGACCUUGAGAAGGUCAGAGAUGCCCUACUGUGCUGUGCUGCUGCUGAAGAAAAAGAAGGCUGGAAGUUCAUAUUUGCCGUUAAAGAUCCCACAUUAAGAAGCGAAGUGGUUCUCCGUUUUUUGGAAAAAUGGCCUUUGGACUCUUGCAUGGAGAUUUUGUCUUAUUGUGUGUGUGAGACUGAUAUUGAUGACAACCUUAAACUGGAGCUGCAGUCCAAAAGGAAGGAAUUGGACAUGUACCGGAAGAUUCUUAGUCUUAAAGAAGAUAUACCCUGGGAGAGUUGGCAAGUUUUAAAAGAAGACUGCAGUAAAGAUCCACAGGCAGUAAUUUCCGUUAUCCUAGAUGCUAAGGAUUAUACAUUGUGUGAGGACUGGGGGCUCUUUUAUCCGAUUCCUAAAGAUCUAUUGAUAAGUCUUCACUGCGAGCAUCUGCUACAUCUUCUGGAGAAUAAAGACACAGACAGGUCUCUUCAGCUGCUGAAGAGAGUUGAAGAACAGAGUCUACGACUAGUGAUCACCGAGCAAGCGCUACUCCAAAAACCCAGCAUAUUCGCUAGCCACUUUUUGUCUGAGUACUUACUGACACAUUUUCAAACUAAUCUUCUGGAGAUGAAUUGUGAAGACAUAAGAAACAUAUACAUGGGAUCAAAGAUGCUGUUGGCACUUCCAGAGUCUGCGCAUUCCAACUAUGAGCAUCUCAUCUCAAGCCCCUUGCUUAUGCUAGAGCAGCUUCUGAUGAACAUGAAGAUAGACUGGGUCUCCGUUGCAGUGCAGACCUUGCAGCUUGUUAUUUUGCCAGAGUCCUCGUUUUCUAUUGAAGGAGUGGACACAUUGCUGUGCACUUACGCUGGAAAAGCCUUGGACAUCCCAUUUUCUUUCAGAGAAAAGAGAACAGAUUCUACAAGCCGCUUUCCAGAAAACAUGAAUCCAUCAGCAGAACCGGAAGCAGUCAGAUCUCCCUCACCAACAGACCAGUGUAGUUCACCUUUUGCUGAUCGAUCUCGGUUUCAAACACCAUUAGGUACUCCAAGUAAAGGACACAGAAGGAACAAGUCUUCUCCAGAGUUUGUUCCACCAGACAAGCCCCCAAACAAAACUCAGUGGACUCCUGAUGAUACUGAAGUCACGUGCAUGGUCUGUAAAAACGAACAGUUCACCAUGUUCAACCGCAGACAUCAUUGCAGACGAUGUGGGAGACUUGUCUGUAGCUCCUGUUCCAUGAAGACGAUGGUGGUAGAAGGCUGCCGCGAAAACCCAGCCCGUGUGUGUGAUCAGUGCCACAACUAUUUCUUUUCAAACAUUAACAAAACAGAGGACGACUUGGAACAAAUGGAAGAAAAACCAGACGGGAUCUUGGGUUUGUCCGAAGUCCUUAGGUUAUCUAAAGCUGCGGAACUGCAGUGGUGGCUAUCACUAAACGAAGCUGAAAAUGAGAUGGAGAGAAGUGAAUUUUACUAUGAACAGGCUCCGAGUGCGUCACUAUGCUCUGCCAUCCUUAACUUGCACUCGAAGAGUGAUGAAUGUGGCUUCAAGCUGAUCGAGCGCUGCUGCAUCUUAUCACAGAGUCUGACUAACCCCGAGAUGGACAGCCGCCUUCUCCUGGAUAUCAUGAAAAGUUUGCUGUUCAGCGCUAAGAUGAUUUUUGUCAAGGCAGCAAGGAGUCACGACCUCGCACUGUGUGACAGUUACAGCAGCAAAGUGGAUUUACUGAAGAUCUUAGUUGCAGCCUCCUACCAGGACGUUCCCUCACUGGAUGAGAUGGUUAGACCAGCAGCGGUAGUGCGAUUAAGAAAUCAACUCUUGGAAGCGGAGUACUAUAAUUUAGCAAUAGAGGUAUCUACAAAGACCGGGCUGGACCCUUCUGGUGUGUGGCACGCUUGGGGCAUGGCCUGUCUGAAGUCUGACAAUUUGGUUGGAGCUAGGGAGAAAUUCAGCAGGUGCAUAAAAGCUCCCUUAGAUCUGAACCAAAAGAAUAUUGGAUCGAAGCUUCUGGAAGAUGUUGUUCAACACCUGGAAUCUGCAGCCAAACCCAUUCUGCUGGUGAAAGACGACGAAUAUUUUGCCACUUUAAAAGAACUGGAAGUCACCCUGAAAGCGCGCUGCAUAUGGUAUGAGAUGAUGCCUGAAGGGAAGUUUCAAAAUAACACCUGUUACCAGGAGUGCCUGUAUUAUCUGCACACCUAUGGUACGAACCUGGGAAUCAUACAGUUCUAUAUGAGACACGACCUCAUGCGAGAUGCAUUGCUGCAUUUAUUAAACAAGGAAUGUCCAGGAGAAAUUUUCAUUGAAGGCAUUUUUGUGCCCAGCUAUGAAAGCGGGAAGUUGCAAACACUUGAAGCUAUGUUAGAGUCCAUAGAUCCCAGUCUGGAAAGCUGGAGCAUCUAUCUCAUUAACGCCUGCAAACAUCUCCAGCAGAAAAACUACUACAACAUAUUGUAUGAACUUCAGCAGUUCAUGAAAGACCACGUGCGGGCAGCUAUGACCUGCAUACAUUUUUUCUCUCACAAAGCCAAAAGCUACCGUGACUUGGGGGACAACCAGCAGUGGCUGGCAAAAUCCAAGGAACAUUUGAAGAUCUACUUACAAGAGGUGUCCAGAAGCAACAGAAGGAAGUCAUUUGAUACGUUUAGAAAAAAGAUGUCUGCAAGUGAUAUUUCCAGACACAUCAACACUGUUGAGCUUCAGAUGGAGAUCACCAGGUUCCUACGGAGAUGUGAGAGUUUGGAGACUGCCCAAGUCUAUAACAGCCCCCCUCCCACACUUUUUGGAAACAGCUCCAUGAUGGUAGAUGUAGCCUGUAGGGUCAUAUUAGAUGGGAAGAAUGUAGAAGAAGGCUUUGGCAUCGCUUUUAGAGUAAUUCAGGAUUUUCAGCUAGAUGCCUCUAAAGUGUACAGCAAAGUGUGCAAACACCUGGUACAGCAAGAGAAUUACUCCGAAAUCCUGCAGCUUGUGAAGUGUGUGAGCGAGUCUGGUAUCGCUGCGGAGAAGGACUGCGAUCAGAUUCUGCUAAGAUGUGUUGAAGAGAUGGCAGACCUGUCUUCUGACGAACUUGAGAAGCUUAUCCAAAGUAUGAGAAGUGAUGAAACAAAGAUCAAAGCUUUCCUGGCCUGCCGUAUGAUGCGAUCUGCCUACCUGACUGCUGUGAAACAGGAGCACGAGAGAGCCAUCCACCUAGUACAGGAAGUGUGGCAAGCGGCACAUAAUCUCAAUGAUGGAGUGGUCCAAGGCAUCUGCACCAAGUGGCUUGUUGAGCACCCGCCAGUUUUAAAGGAAGGGCAGCGCCAGGCCCCACGGAAGUAAACCCUACAAUCAGAUCUAGAACGAGUGUGUAGCAUCAUUAAUGAACAGAAAGGUUUCUGUAAUGGUUGUUUGGAAGUCGUAUGAAGAGAAUGAUGUUAUUGUAUGCCAUAAAAGUGUUGUUAUAAAUGCUGAUCAAGAGAAUUAAUGGUUAAUGCAACCAUACAGGUAACGGAAGUCGAGAUUGAUUUUCCCUUAAUGACAUUUCAUGUGACAUGUCUCAGCCAAUCAAAUACCUGUACAGUAGCUUCUGAGUAUGUCUGGAUACGUUGACAGUUGCCUCAGAACAAAUCUCUACCUCACAGUAUUCCUGCAUUCUAGAUUUUUAUACUAACCUUUUAUAAUACUUGUGAAAGUUACAUUGUAUGUAAUUUGUUACUUGGCCAUGCUAGUAUUCACUUUUAUGAGUAGGUUGGUGUCUGUUAUUUACUAGAUAAAGUGAGUUUCAUCAUGUAAUAUUCUGGCACAGAAUUCUGAUCAGGUCAGUAGAGGUUUAUCUAAUUCUCUAUGUGAUUUAUUUGUCACUGACCAAUACUAAUGUCCUGUUUACAGCAAAGCUACCUGCCACACUCCUGCUCAGGACCAUCGUUGCAGUAUUUGAUCAGGGUCUUGUACAGUAGACCUCCGGACAUGUUCGGUUAUAGAGGUGGCGGCUGUGGUCCCAGCUCCAAGCUUUGACCUUUCUCCCAUCUUCUUGUGGCCACUGAUCUUUCGUGUUUACCGUUACAGACGCGUGAAGAAAUAGAGAAGAUGCUUUAAUGUACUAAUAUGGGAAACGUGGUAUAUUGACAGCUAAAAAGAAUCUUCUAAAUCAAGCCAGUGCAUAGUUAAACCUGAAGCAUUGACAUACAUAUAUAUUUCUAAUCUGAUAAGGAUUCUGAUAUUGAGCUCUUCUUUUCCACUUUGUUAGAUGGUGUUUCUGUUGUUUUUUUGUUUUAUUAUAUUAUUGCUAUUCUGAAGCUGCCUCGCAGUGGGUUGAUUCCUCGCAGUGGGUUGAUUCCUCGCAGUGGGUUGAUUCCUCACCGGAUAUUUACAGGGUAAAUUUCCUCUGACUGGAGUACAUUUGCAGAGGUUCAUCAUUAUACAGCACCGUUACUGGAUGUACAGUUUUUAUUGGUAAACUAUAAAGAACAAAAGGGAAUCUGGCACCUUAAUGAAUAGAAAAUCUGUGAUGAAAGAGUUUAGGAUUUUUCUUUUCAUUUAUUUAUUUAAAAGGGAUAAAGAAUAGUAACAACCCUUCAUUUAUUAUUAAUUCAGCGCUGCCAUCGGUGACACCCGGUGCUGCCAUAGCCCAUAAACAAAUGCAAUCAAAAAGGACACGUGUGGCACUUCAGGAAGGGGGUGUGACCUUGCGGAGGUCUCUCAUAUGCAUCACUAUGUGGGCAUGGCCUCGUGGGAAGCCCCCCCACCUUUCCUCUGGUUAGGUUACAUCACUCUUGUAGCAUUCCCAGAGAGGCUGGGCUGCCCCUGGAGAUUCUGACUGCAUUGCUGGCUCCAUCUCAGUGAACCCCCCCCCUGACACCCUUUCCUCCAGAUAGGUUACAUAACUCUGGCGGCGUGCCUAGCAUUCCCAUAGAAGCUGGGCUGCCCCCGGAGAUUCUGACUGCGUUGCUUCUCAGCUACAGGAGCCUGGAGAUGCAGGAUAAUAUCUCACUGCAGCACCCGACUCCGGUCACUGCAGAUAUUUUGGGGUCACCCCCUGGAUACCAUUGUGGGACUUGUUCUAGUACAGAGUCCUAGAGCCUCUUAGCUUAAAAAGUAAUGAAAUACAGAGAUGGUGACAGUGGCACAGUUGUAGCCACAUAAAUACCAGUAAUACUACACUAGUCCAUCACCAGGUCAAGGCCAUAAAAUCUGUUCUAGUUGCAGAUCACAUAGUGUGAUAUUGUGCUGGAAACAAGUAAUGUGAUGGUAAUUUCCAGCUAAUGAGUGCCAUUUAAACAAUGAAAUAUAACUAUGUAUGAAUAUAGAUUGCCUUUACAAUUCAUCAUAUUAAUUCUUUAUUGCACUGCCUAGAAGUACAUUAUAUUUUUUUCUUUUUUCUGAAAUGGAAUAUUAUUUAAUAUAUGCUAGAGGUCUCCUGAAGGCCUGUUUCAGUUCUGGGCUCAUGUACCUAAGAGUUGUGGAAUUUCUGGAAUUCAUAUGCAUUCAGCUCCUAUGUUUGCAGUGUUCCUGAAAGCACCAUAAGAUUAUUAGGAAGUGGGAUACUCUCCACUGGGGAAGCAUGGUGUCUUCAUAAGAGACUGUUCUGGGUCAUAAAGGUUUCUUAAUGUGUAUAUAUAUAUAUAUAUAUGUAUGUAUUGUAAUGUUUGUGUGCCAGUAACCCUUCACCGAAUGCGUUCUUAUUUGCAUUGUAAUCCUGUCUUGAGUACAUUACGGAAAUUGGAUGUAAGGGACAAGUAAUAGGCAAACUCUGGUACACACUGGGUACAACACAGCACUUCACCUGUGGGUCAGUUAUAGUCAGGAAAGUUGUGUUAGGCUGCUGUGUUCUUCAAUACCAGAGCUAGCCAACCUGUGGCUCUCUAGCUGAAACUACAAGUCCCAGAAUGCUCUGGUACAGUUUUGCUAUUACAGUAUGCUAAAACGGUGGUACUGCAUGCUGGGAUGUGUAGUUUCACAACAGCUGGAGAGCCACAUGUUGGCCAGGCCUGACCCCAAAUCAUCUCCUGGGCAGAUUUUAUAUGAAUGCUUAUCUUGGUCUCCACUUUGUCUCUUGCUCCUUUACGUUCUAGCAGUGUGCUACACAGAUCAUUAACCUUAAAGGUUGUAAUAGUUAUGUAAUUCGUGUACAUAAUUUCUGUACCUUGUGAGUUCUACGUUUCUGAGGGAGUAAAUCUAUGCAAUUUUUCUCAUAGUUGUGUGGUGGUUUUUAUUGUUGUGGGUUAAAUUGAAAUCUACGUAUAUCAAAAUAACUGAUUUGCACUGAGAUCUUUGCACUUUAUGAUCUUCUUUUGUAAAUUAAUUCUUGGAUCAAUAGUUUGCGUUUUAUUACAAAUUCAUUUAAAUAUUUCCUUUGUGGUGAGUGAAUCUGCUAAUAAUCUUUUGUUAAAAAUGAAGAAAUGUACAGAUGAACCCACAAAUAAAAUAAGAAUUUCACAAA